CGACCAGCCUAGCCACAAUAGAAUAGAGAAACAGCCUUCUCUAGUCAAACCUCUCUCUCUCUCUCUCUCUCUCUCUCUCUCUCUCUCUCUCUCUCUCUCUCUCUCUCUCUCUAUAACCGUAACUGAUUCCAGAAAGAUCCAUUCCAUUGCGAAAUGGAUGCUGCGCCACACUCUUCCACCGCCGCCACCGGUGGUCCAGCGCCGUUCCUUCUGAAAACUUAUGAUAUGGUGGACGAUUCCGGCACGGACGAGAUCGUCUCAUGGAGCUCUACCAACAACAGCUUCGUCGUUUGGGACCCUCCCGAAUUUGCUCGCGUUCUCCUCCCAACCUAUUUCAAACACAACAAUUUCUCCAGCUUCAUCCGACAGCUCAACACCUAUGGAUUUCGAAAAAUACAUCCCGAGCGGUGGGAGUUUGGUAAUGACGAAUUUAUAAAAGAUCAAAAGCAUCUUCUCAAGAAUAUACACCGCAGGAAACCUAUACACAGUCAUAGUCAUCCUCCAGGUUCUGUUGCAGAUCCAGAAAGGGCAGCAUUUGAAGAAGAAAUAGAGAAACUUUCACGCGAGAAAAAUUCUCUUGAAUCCAAUCUAUUUAACUACAAACAGAAUCAGUCAACAGCAAAGCUUCAGCUGGAAGACUUUCAGCAGCGAUUAGAUGGUAUGGAGAAGAGGCAGACAAAUUUGCUGAGCUUCUUUGAGCAGGCUCUUCAGAAUCCUUCUUUUGUCGAACAUCUUUCGCGCAAAAUUGAAUCCAUGGAUUUGGCGGCUUAUAAUAAGAAAAGGCGAUUGCCUCAGAUUGAUCACGUGCAGCCUGUUGCUGAAGGUAGCUUGGUUGACAAUCAUAGUAAUUUUAGGCUGGAAUUCGGAAAUGUUUUUCAUCAAGAUUUCUCGAAUAAACUCAGGCUUGAAUUGUCACCAGCUGUCUCAGAUAUGAACUUGGUAUCUCGUAGCACACAGGGUUCAAAUGAAGAUGAGGAAAGUCUGCAGAAGAAUCUGUCCGAAGGAGAACUGAUAGGAAUGCAGACAAGAACUGACCUUGGUUUUGUUCCUGAAACACUGGAGCUUGCAGAUACUGGGGCAUCUUUUACUUUUAACAUGGAUUCAUGUUUAUCGCGAAGAGCAGUGACUACUGAGUGCCCAAAACUUCACUCUCUGGAGCCAAGUAGUGAAGAGGGUGAUAGUCAUAUAUCCUGUCAACUGAAUUUAACUCUGGCAUCUUGUCCAUUGGAAUUCCACAGAAAUUCGUACUCGGCCAGAUCACCCCAAAUCGACUGUCAAGAAAUUGGCAAUUUGGCAGAAUCAAGAUUUCUCGCCAACGGUAAAGAAUUUGAAAAUGGAGUUUCCUCAACCCGAAAUGUGGCUAAUGAGGUUGCCAAUUUAGCUUUCUCGCAGGAGGCUCCAGUUAACAACCAAGUAAAGCCAGCUGCUCCACACAGAGUGAAUGAUGUGUUUUGGGAACAGUUCCUUACUGAAAGACCAGGCUGUUCAGACAAUGAAGAAGCAAUAUCCAACUAUCGAGCAAAUCCAUACGAUGAGCAAGAAGGACGGUCAGCUCAUGGAAUCUCUGGUAACAUUAAGAAUAUGGAUAAUCUCACACUCUGAGCAUGCUGUCUUGGAAAAACUUGUUAUUCUUCUGGCAUGUGAGAUUCACAUGGUUAUUAUCGAUAUGACUUGAAACUUGUCAACAAGUUGUUUUGCUAGUGGGCUGAAACUAUUUUGUGUAAAAAUGUGUUUAGCCUUUUCGACUGAAGCAUACAUUGUCAAUUAGCUGCAUGACAGUGUUGUAUAUACUCAAAUUUUGAAUGGUUUUCAAAGGUAUUGUAAACUUCAAAAGUUUUAUUCAUGUUUGUUCAGAGCGCUAUACAUUUGUUAUACAGCUCGUGAUUUUAAAACUAAUUUCAUUUUUAA